AGGGGUAUAAAACCGGCUCCUCUAUAGAAAAAUGUUGAAAAAAUGGCUCUAAUCCAAGUUUUUUUGGUAAUUUUUGCCAUUACUGUGGUCCAUUGUGCCAACCUCCCUGAUUACCGUUCUGCGAUCGAACCGGUGAAAAACUGCACCAAACCGGGCCCCCUUUGCGAAACCUGCUCCAGUCUAGUCGGCUGUGUCCAAAACGCUGACGGUACUUGGAGGAAAAAUCCCCUCGCCAAAUGCGACCUCCCCUCCCGAUGUGUCAAUGGUGUGUGUACAACCGCUGAAGAGCCCUUUUGUUGGGGUACUGCCGAUUUGGACUUCCCCUGUCAGACUGUGGGGAUUUUCCCCGAUCCGUUUUACUGCAACAAAUUCGUUCUUUGUGUGAAGGAAGGAGCAAGGUUAAGGCCUUUUCUCAACGAGUGUCCUCAAGGCUUCGGAUUCAAUGUCGAAACGGAUCUGUGUGAUGAUGAAUUGACUGAUGGACAAUGCCCAGAUGGGGCACUUCCGGUGCCCAUUUGCAAGCAAGCGGGGCAAAGUGGGGCCAUAGAGGGGAAACCAGCGAUGUUCUAUAUCUGUGAGCAGUACAGUCAGGUGAAGAAAGUUUUGUAUCCGGUGAUGGAUGUCUGUCCGGGGGCGCAGGUCUAUGACCAGUAUCAGUGUGCCGACAAGGGGGGUACUACUCCGACUAGUACUAGUACUGAUAGUGAAACCACUACUACUUGGUAGUAGUACUGGUACCACCAAAACCAUCGACACCAAGCACUACUAUAAUUUCUUGCCUACUUUAUAAGUAAUUUUUUUGUAAUUAAGUACWUAUAUUAAAUAUAAAGAUAUUACGUAGA